GUGCUAUAGCGCCUUUCUACGGCUGGACAGAAAAGUUGGAAAAUGUAUUUUUUGGAAAUAGUUCUCAUACACCACCUCGCGAGUAUUUCACAUAAUUUAAAAACGAUUUAAAUUAAAAUAUCUAAAGGCCAGUCAGGCAAAGAACUUGAAAUUGGUUUUUUGAGUCUCCAAGAAAUGCAAUAAUUACAUGAGAUGACCUUUUGCGAAGUUGAGGUGACAUUUAUAACUGUUGGGCUUUUCUAAAUUCUGCAAUUAUGAAAGGUUUAGUAUCAAAUGGGCAAGCUACAAAUGACCCAGAAGCUGAAAUAUUGGAUUAUUCACUUGUCAAAGCCAAUACCAAGUCACUUUCAGUAGCUUAUUUACUCUGUAUUUUCUUUGGAAUAUUUGGUCUUCAUCAUUUCUAUUUACGUCGUUUGGGUUACGGAUUUACCUACACAGUAACAGGUGGAUUGUUCCUUGUGGGAUGGAUUGUUGAUAUAUUCAGGUUGCCAUCGCUCGUUCGAAACACAAAUGAUAAAAUUAUUCGAUCAAAUCGUGAUGGAGUAAGUCUAGAUGAACUUGAAAAGGAAAGACAUCUCUCAGAUGCAUAUGUUAUGUAUCUUCCUCCAUUUGGAUUGUUAGGGUUUCAUCAUUUCUAUCUCAACCGAUUUGGCUUCGGAGCUUUAUAUUUCUGUACAUUUGGGUUACUUGGAUUUGGAUGGAUUCUAGAUUUUUUUCGAAUGUCUCAUCUUGUUGCCCAAGAAAAUAAAAAGCAUCAAAAGGCAUUGAACGAUGCUGAAAAUCAAGAUGGUGAAGGAGAUGCAGAAAUUCCAAGAAAACCUCUGGUUGUUAGAAAAAGGUUGGACGAUGCGAUCGUGAUGAGUUUUGGACCUGUUGGAAUACUGGGAUUUCAUCAGAUUUAUCUUGGGAAUCUUUUACUCGGUUUCAUAUACAUAAUUACCCUAGCGAACUGUGGAGUGUGUUGGAUUGCCGAUAUGUUGAGAAUACGACAACUUGUUCAAGAAGCAAACAAUGAAAUUGAUGCUAAACCUGGAGGAAUGAAAAAGAAUUCAUUACAGGCAUACUUGUUAUGGCUUCCUCCAGCUGGAUUGCUUGGUGCACAUCAGUUUUAUUUGGAACGACCAUGUUCUGGGUUGCUGAGAUCUGCAACAUUAGGUUUAUUUUUGUUUGGAUGGAUUUAUGAUUUCUUUAAAAUCAAUCAUUGGGUGAAUUCUCACAAUCAAAAGCAGGAGUUACAAGAACGAGUGACGGAGAUUGAGAUGCAAGAGUCAACUUCAGAUAGUAGAUUGUCAUCUACAACAUCAUUAUCAGAAAAUAUGGGAGGUUAUGAUCCUGAUAUGAUCAAUCCAUUUACAAGAUAUUGUUGCAGAUGACGAGUCAGAAUUAGCUUUUGUCACAAUAUUUGUGCCAAUGUAUGGAUAUCAGGGAUAAUAACAGAGAUGCCCAUGAUAAAUUAAUUUUGUAGGAGUUCGGUUGGUGUGUGACUUAUGCCUUAUAACCUUGAUCAGUAGCCAUGACAAAUUUCGCUGUUUGUGAUUUCAUAUGCUGACCUAUAUACAUCUCCGAGAUUCCCACAGACUUGUUUCAUUCCAAUUUAAAUAAUAUAUAACUAUAUAUAUUGCUACUGAAUUGAAUGAUGUUUGUUUUAUUUCUGAUAAUGACACAAAUGAUUUAAUAUGCAAACAAUUUGAAUAGAUGUGAGUAGCAUUUUAACUUUCUUUUUCUUAUUUAAACCACUUACCUAUUUUACGGACUAUAAAGUGAUAAAGUAAAACUCUUGCAGCUUAGUCCUGAAUUUUGUAGCAUUAUUUACAUCACUCGUUAUAAUUUACAAUGAGGAGCAUUACUCUUAUUAUGUUUAUAGAGUAUGUUACUGAAACAAACACAACAUUUUGUAAUGUAUAAUAUAUAAACGCUUAGUUUUCAUUUUUAUAUCGUGGUUUUCAUGACGGUCACAAAAGGAAUCAUUCAUUUUUUUAAGUUGUAAAUUGAUUUUUUACAUUAUACACUUGCACUAAUCAAUCUUUUUAACCUUGAUUUGAUGUAUUAUUUGAACAAACUUAUGCAAUAAAUAGUUGAUUCU